GAUGGCGUUACACGCUGUACAUGUUUUCCAUGCGGUGACGAAUUAACGCGAGAACUAUGCGGUCAUGCUGUUAAAUGUCACUCGCUGUGUUUUGUGCCGUGUUCGGCUGGGUCCCGGCAACUACUCCAAUAAAUGGGCUCGCGUGGCUGGACGCAGAGUCGGGGCACGUCAUGCAGUCGCUCCAACGCGAUGUAUGUCCUCCCUGGAGCAAGCGCUAAGCAGCGAGGCGUGGGAACGUUUCAUCCAGCGUCUGGAAAAACUGGCAACUACUUCAAAUAACCCAAAUAUUUCUGGGCAUGGAGCGAGUUCCGAGUUGGGUGCAAGGAAUGAGGAGAGCGAUUUUAGUGAAGCUAGUAACAGCGCUUGGUGUCCCGCCGGGGCUCAAGGACAGCAGCGGAGGAAUGCGUGGGAUUUGCGCCGACUGCUUUCUCCCAUUCAGGAACUGAGGAGGAAGGAACAGGAGCAGCAGGAGCUUCAGCAGCUUCUGAAAGAUGAAUGUGAAGAUUUAAAGGCCCUCGCCUCUACGGAAAUAGCAUCUUGCCAGGAGGAGAUAAACCAUUUAAAACAUAAGAUUGCCAGUAUUUUAAUUAAAAGAGAAGAAUCUGAGGAUAAUGACCUUAUUAUGGAAGUGACUGCAGGUGUAGGAGGGCAGGAGGCAAUGCUUUUCACUGCUGAGAUGUUUGACAUGUAUCAGCAUUAUGCAGUUCAUAAAAACUGGAGCUUUGAUUUGCUGGAAUACUUUUCCAGUGAGCUAGGUGGCCUUCGACAUGCAACUGUCAGCAUUGGGGGGCAAGAUGCAUACAAAUGCUUAAAGUUUGAAGGUGGUGUCCACAGGGUGCAGCGAGUGCCAAAGACAGAGAAGCAAGGCAGAAUUCAUACCAGUACAAUGACUGUUGCAAUUCUUCCCCAGCCAAGUGAGAUUAAUUUGGUGAUUAAUCCUAAGGAUUUACGAAUUGAAACAAAAAGAGCCAGUGGAGCUGGGGGUCAGCAUGUAAACACCACAGACAGUGCAGUGCGGAUUGUUCACAUUCCAACAGGUGUAGUAUCAGAGUGCCAACAGGAAAGAUCCCAGAUUAAAAACAAAGAAAAGGCAAUGCAAGUACUUCGUGCAAAACUGUACACAAUGAAGCUAGAAGAGGAAACAAGCAAACGAUAUAAUGCAAGGAAAAUACAGAUUGGCACUAGAGGAAGAUCAGAAAAAAUCCGUACUUACAACUACCCACAAGACCGUGUUACAGACCAUCGAAUCGGCAAAUCUUUACACAACAUUGAAGGAUUCCUUUUUGGAGAAGAACUUUUAGAUGACUUGAUUCAGUCUCUCAGUGAAUAUGCAGACUAUGAAUCUUUAAUGGGCAUUAUUUCAGACUCUUCCACUGAGCAAAUAAAUGAAACCUGAUUCUCCUGUCAACCAUUGCAUCAAUACUAAAAACUACUAAUUAAUAUUUGUUAGUCCAUGUUUUGUUUUGUAAUUCCUCCUGCAUUUGUCCUUUAGGUAUGGCAGCUGCUGGUUGACUUUCAGGAAGAGGUGGUUUAGGUUUGUAGAUACUACAUGCAGCUGUGCUUGUGAGGAAGGUGUGCGUCAGACACUAAACUUUGUUUCACAUCUGGGUCACUCUUACACUUCCUGGUAAACUCUAAUCUACUGCCUUCUGUCUUUAGUAUGUACUGACAGGUACAGGUGUGGGGCAUUUAUCUGUCCAAAAUGCAUACGUUUGCUUUUUAGCUCCGAAAUCUGCCUGUGUUUGUGCAGUGAUAUGGCACUUCUGAUGCUAGCCAAAGAUUGGGACAAUAUAAUUUCUAUUUUAGGUUUGCUUUUAAAUAAAAACAAGACAAUUUAUGUUACACUCUUCCCUUAACAAUCAACUUAAAUGUGUUUUGCCAUAUUAGAGGUAAGUACUUCUGUCCAAGCAUGAGCAGUUUAAACAAAGUUUUUAUACCAGCAUCUAUUUACUUUUAAAAAAUGUUGGGAUGUCCUCUGUUUAAGACAUUUUCAAAAUAAAUUUGAAAAAGCA